AUGGCCAACGAUACAGACUUUGCAGCCAUGCUGCCUACCAUAAAAUGCUCGAACUGCAACAUGAACGUCGAGAUUUCGGCGAUGGGUGAACAUGUUUGCGCUCCACAACAAUCAUCGUCACCACCGCCGUCUGCAGGCAUGAAAACACUCAGACCUGGCCCUCCUCCGCGCAUCGAUCCCACCAUUGCGAAUCAACCCUUCUUGUCACCUACCUACGGGAGUCCCUCAAGCAGUCUCGGAAGUCAUCCGCUCACUCCGCGAAUGUCACCUCUGCGGAGCCAAACUUCCCCGUACCCUUUGACACCCUCGUCCCUCGAGUUCACCGAUGAGGAGAAUAAUCCUGCGCUUACCAUUCGAGCGGCCUUGAGCCCAACCAUGACCACCAAAUCGCCACUUCGCUCGACAACUCUUUCCGAGGUCCCUACGAUUCACAGUGACACAGCCAUUAGGGAUGGAUCGGAGGGCUUGUGUACUCGGUCGCCGUCCAUGGAGAGCAGAAGUACAUAUCGGACGUCGGUGUCAAGUAGACGCUACCGGGAAUCAACGUCGACAUAUUCAUCACGAGGCGUAUCUAUCAGCAUGCCGCGCAGCCCUCGAAACUUUAUGGAUGAAGUGCCUCCUAUACCAACCGGGCCCUUGACAUCAUUUCGGCCCAGCUCACAGAUGAGUAAUGUGGAUUCGAAUCUUUCAGGCAGCCCACCAAAAACGAAGGUAGCUAGCUAUAGUGGCUUUAAUUUUGGCUUGACAGAUGAGCCACAGAGUUAUGAAGAUGUGCACGGAACGUCUCCUCCGAAAGAGAAUGCAUCGACAACAUCGCAGGUGAUGCCGAAUACGGUAGACACUAAUCUCGAUAUCAAUGACAAUUUCCUGACUAGAUGGCCGUCGCAGCCAUCGCCGACCGUUCCUGGCCGGCCCUCACUACCUAGGGAGCCUAGCAUUUCAAGCGAAGCAUUCCCCAAGCCCCCAACUGUAGAGAUCAACCCUCAGCAUGAAGUUCCAAGUAGCUUGCCGACCUCAAACUUCAAUGCCGGUCUUGGAUUAGAUAAGACAGCAUAUCAUGUGACGGAAGGGUCAACGUCGUCAAGCAAUUCCUCUCGUUCUGCGACAGGCAGUGGUAGCUCAAUCUCAAGCCCACCCUCGGACUUUGAUAGGAAACCAUCGGAUUUGACUGAAAUUGACUCAAUGUUGCAAGAACUUGAAUUGGACCAGAAGCAGUCCCCUGUUGAAAGGCAAGCACCGCCACCACCUCUAGACGGCGCGAGUCUCGAACCACCACGUGGAAUGGGCAAUAUCGAUCGUGGACCUGACUCGCCUACCGACCCUACUCUUGUUGGUGGUUCUUAUACAAGACGCAACGUUGAACCACCGGGGCCCAUACCAAAAAGCCCAGUGCGAGAAAAGACACCGGCGGAAUAUGCUCAACAGAUCUCACGACCACCCACUGCCGGUGGUCAAAAGCGUCGUUGUCGGGGGUGUGGACAGGGCAUAGUCGGUAAAUCGGUUUCAUCGGCGGACGGUCGCCUUACCGGACGGUAUCACAAGGCCUGCUUUGUCUGUUUUACUUGUCGAUCGCCAUUCGAAACGGCCGACUUUUAUGUUUUAGACGACCACCCUUAUUGCUCUCAACAUUAUCAUGAACUUAACGGUUCGACAUGUGCUACGUGCAAGCAGGGUAUUGAAGGGCAAUAUCUCGAGACCAUUGAACAUAGUACUUACGGUACCGGUAACCCGCAAAAAUUCCAUCCUGAUUGCUUGACCUGCCGCACCUGUCGCGUUGUACUUCGGGGCGAUUAUUUCGAAUGGAAUGGUCAAGUUUACUGCGAACGCGAUGCUCGACGAGCUGCAGCUAUGUCGGCGCCGCCUCCUAACAGACGACGACCUACUAUGCCUUCAUCACCUCUUGCUGGUCCUCCAGGUUUCCCACCAGGCCCUCCGCCUGCAGGGUAUCGUGGCCCUCCACGCCGAGGCGGCCCAUCUGGUCCCAUGGGGCCAGGUGGUGCUAUGAUGCCUCGCGGUCCACCUCCACCUGGAGGUCGUGGCAUGGGUAGACCACCACCGUCUCCUAGACAAGGUGGUAACUUAGCUCCUCCUGGCGGUGCUCGACGCUUCCCUGAGAGGAGAACGACCAAGUUGAUGAUGGUAUGA